AGGCAUAAAAGGCAGCUGUGGGGACCGGACGCGCAGGAGCGAUUUUAAAAAGGAGCUUUGACAGAGAACCACCAGUUAAAAAAAAAAGAAGAAGAAACAAGCAAGUGAAACAAAGCAAGAAAGGAAGCUCAAGAUGAGGACUCACAAGAAACUGCUGUAAGAGAGAUAUUCAAGGAAAUCUAUUUAGAAAGGUUGAAGUCAGUGACAGGUGUUUUCAUUUGCAGUGUCAGUUUUAUAACAGCUGUUGUAGCCGCUGUGGAAGUGAGUCGAUUUGAGAUAGUUUUUUUGGGACAUCCCCUCCACAAAGAAAAAGCAGCAUUGGGACAUCCCCUCCACAAAGAAAAAGCAGCAUGUCUCUGGAGGUGAAGGAGAAGACGCAGGUGCGACUAGUCUUUCUGGGGGCAGCAGGAGUGGGCAAGACGGCCCUGAUCCAGCGCUUCCUCCAAGACACGUUUGAGCCCAAACACCGGCGCACAGUGGAGGAGCUGCACAGCAAGGAGUAUGACAUCGGCGGGGUCAAGAUCACAGUGGAGAUCCUGGACACCAGCGGCAGCUACUCCUUCCCGGCCAUGCGCAAGCUCUCCAUCCAAAACAGCGACGCCUUCGCACUGGUGUACGCCCUGGAUGACGCCGAGUCACUGGAGGCCGUCAAGAGCCUCCGGGAUGAGAUCAUGGAGAUCAAGGAGGACAAGAACAUGCCGAUCGUGGUGGUGGGGAACAAGUCGGACCGGGAGCAGGAGCGUCAGGUGUCCAAUAAGGACGUACUGUCGACCGUGGAGCAGGACUGGAACAACAGUUACCUGGAGACGUCGGCGAAGGACAACACCAACGUGGUGGAGGUGUUCAAGGAGCUCCUGCAGCAGGCAAACCUUCCCAGCCGCCUCAGCCCGGCGCUGCGUAGACGCAGGGAGACCUUUCCAAAAGACACAGACUUUCGUCCGCCCAUGAACAAGACCAACAGCUGUAUUCUGUCCUAGUGAUAGACAGGAGGAGGAGGAGUGUUGGUUUGUCUCACGAAGGGACAAGAGAUGAGAGCACUCGGAGAAAGAGAUUGAAGAGAAAAGCCUGGACUUAAGUCCGCGGGGGCGUUAAGUGACUGAGAUAAAGGAUUGUGGACCAGCUAAGGACACUUCAGGGUUCAAAAACUGAGAGGAACAGAAAGUGAGGAGGUGAAGGGUAUUAAGACUUGACCUGAACUGACUGCCAGUGGGGGAAAAAAAAAAAAAAAAAAAAAAGGACGCCGCAUUAAUUACUCAGUUGUUCACUCAAUGUAAUGUUGUUGCUGCUUAUUUGGUGACAUGCUGCUGGUGUGUAGAUCAAUGUAUACCUUUUGAUAUUUUAAAUUGAACUGUUCACUUGCAUAGAGAUUUGGACUGUUGCCAACAGAUUGUUUACUGCGGUAUGUGUAGAAGUUGUAUGUCUCACGUAAAUUGUUUUGAUUUAAUAAUUCAGUGUAUGUAGCACAUCAUCAUGUUUACAUUUUGUUUUGUAUUCAAUUCCAAUUUGCCAGAGCGUGAUAUUACCUGUUUAAAAAAAAAAAAAAAAAAAAAAAAAAGUGGUGAAAUGCAAAUAUAAACUGUUGAUGCACUUGUCAUUUUCUAAAUGACCGUUCAAAGUGUUUUUCUUGUUCAUAAUUUGGAUUUUUUUUUUUUUUUUAAACAAUGGCAUAUUCUGACAAAUGUUAUAUUGCCGUUUCUUUAACAAAUGUAAGUGGAAUGUGUAUCUAACUGUGUAAUAAAAGAUAUAAGCAUAAAAAAAAA